CCGCCGCGCGGGUGCYGUGCCUUAAAGUGACAUGGGCUAGCGCGGGCUCCUGUGCGGCCGACAUGGCGGCGGCGGCGGCGGCGGCUGGUCAUCAGCACGCGGAUGAUCUGCACAAAGCUCCUAACUCUACAUCAGCCACUGAUGGACUUUCUUCAACUUCAUUUAUAGAAUAUCCAAAGCACAAGCCAUUUAUUAAUUCGGAUUUGCAGUGCUCCCCGUGGAAACCAGUAAUUCCAUAUCCUGAAAGCAACAGCAGAGCAAUAUUUUCUGCUCUGAAGAAUCUUCAGGAAAAAAUUCAUCGACUGGAGCUGGAACGGUUUCAGGCAGAGGAGAAUGUAAAACACCUCAGCAGGGAAACAGCAGACUAUAAAAAAGUACUGAGUGAACAAAUGCAACACAAAGAACAUGACAAGACUGAAGUGUCAAGGAAAAAUCAAGAACUGGCUUCUCAGCUGGCAGCUGCUGAGUCUCGGUGCAGCCUUUUAGAGAAACAGCUGGACUACAUGAGGAAAAUGAUCCAGCAUGCAGAAAAUGAGAAGUCACAUCUCUUGGAGAAACAGGGUUCCUUGGAGAGAGAUCGGCUUCUAGACCAAUCGCAUGUUCAGUCUAAAUUGGAAAAGCUCGAUAUGCUGGAAAAAGAGUAUAGCAGACUUACUACGAUGCAGUCCAUAGCAGAGAUCAAAAUGAAAGACCUGGAACAGAAGCUACAGGAGGAAGAGCACGCAAGGAAGCUUGUUCAGGAAAAAGCAGCUGAGCUUCAGACAGGCCUAGAAACCAACAGACUACUGAUUCAAGCAGCAUCACCAUUGCUUUCUCCAAAAGUGAGACAACCCAGGAAAAAAGCUAAGCAGCCAGAGAAGAAAUGCUCUCGUGGAAGCCAUCAUGCUGUGCAGCCCCAUUACAGACUGUGUCUGGGUGAUGUUCCCUUUGUGGCUGGGAAGUCUACCAGUCCCAGUCAUUCCGUUGCUGCCAACGUGCAACAUGUSCUACACCUGAUGAAACAACACUCAAAAACUUUGUGUAACAGGCGUGUGGUAAACGAUACCCCRCUAGCAAAACCCAGCAGUGCUGCUCAUCCUGCCAGCAAAAGCAGAAGGCCAUCCCCACCAGUGGACUCGUCCUCAUCUCAGGAGGAGCUCUCAGAAGUGUUGCUGACUUUACAAGAUGAAUUUGGGCAGAUGAGUUUUGAUCACCAGCAGCUGUCAAAGCUCGUCCAGGAAGCCCCAACUGUUGCAGUGAGGGAAGAUCUGGAGAGGGAGCUUGAGACCCUCGUGGGAAAGAUGGAAGCAAAGGCAGACCAAAUCAGCAAAGUUCGGAGGCAUCGUUUGCAGCUAGAGAGACUUAAGAGAGAAUGCAAGUCCAGAAAGACUUCUGCUAAACAAGUAAAAGACAGCAGGUUCCCUGUCAGUGAGGUUAAAGUAACAACUACAGUAGCCACAAAAGGAAAGAAUGCAGGUCCCAUCAAAGUGAAGCCUGGAGAGAAGAGUCGGAAAAAUCUUCAGCUGCUGAGAGACAUGCAGACCAUACAGACUUCACUACAGAAAGAUGAUAUCAGCUGGGACUGCUGACUCUUCUGCAGGAGAUGUUCUUGAACUGUCCUGGCCAAACUUUCUCACAUUUUGGAUCUAAAGCAGCUGCCUCUCUUGCUGUGUGGAAGAGUCUACUGUAUGCUAAGCACACUUUUGAAAUACAGGCUUAUGGGCUCUUGGUUCUCCAUCCCUCUGAUUGUAUAUGUUAUGCUGUAGCUUAAAUCACAUUCCGUUUUCAGGGUACAUAGCUGCUGAAUCGUAACAAUAGGGCUCCUCCAUUUCCCUUAKGUUAUGGUUCCAGCAGUCCCUCCGCGUUGUUCCAGCACACCGAGCACUGCACGUUUACGUGGGUUGGUGUUUGUGUGAUGUGCCAGUGCCAUUUCAUGCUGUUGUAGAUCUGGGAGGCUUCUCAGGAUGCAUCUUGUCUGAGAACAAUGCUGCAGCCCCGAGUUUAGAGGGCGUUUGACAGUUCUGUGUGAAGCUGCAAUGACUCCAUCUCUGGGACUGUCUAAUGGAGAACAGGUAAACCACUUCAAAGGUGUUCUGUGGAGCUCUCUUUGAAACACUUCUUCACUAGUUCUUGUUCUGCUGUGUUGCAUUAGUUAGCAUCAGUGGCAGUGGAUGUUUGAGUACUCAGAAGAGGAGCAAAAUAACUUAUGAAUUAUGUUGCUUAAUGRCCAAGUGAAAUUUUUCUACAGAAAUCUUGCUUUAGGAAAAAGCUGUAGGAUAGGGGGGUAAUACCCUUCUCUGGCUGACAGCUUUGGGUGGCAAAGGAGUGAGAAAUCACAARUGUUUUAAACUGCAAGUGCCUCAAUCAUGCCAUUUGGUCCUGGCAUCUUGCUUUUUACUUGAAGUGUGUGCUUUGAUGAGCUAUCUACUUUGGUAGUAGUGCAAUUAAGUUUGUGCUCUGACUUGCACAGCUGAUUAAAUGUUAUUUAUUAUGUUAAUAAUUUAAAGAAUUUCCUAUUAAUGGAAUGUAUGGAAGACCCAGAUUACCUGUAUAUACAAUUGAAAAACAAUAAAGCCAGCUUGCCUGUUGAAUGAMUUGUGGGAAAGCUGCCCUUCCUCUAAAUUAGCUGUGUGUUUGCUGCAGCCCUGUGCCACAGCCAGUGGGCUUUUCAUGGCGAGGUGACUUAUCCCUGGUCAGGGUGAUGAAUGAGAGCUGCAGGUAAGGUUAGAGCCAGAGUAGUCCACCCUUGCCUGUAGCUCAGCAGGGAGGAAGCUCUGCAGGGUCGACACAGGAAGAAAGGGGUCCAGUGUACCUGCACCUGCCUGUAGGUGAUCCACCCCACUUGUCUUCUUGCAUCUAAGGCACAUAAGGUGUUAGCCAUGCUGGAAGAAGUCAAAUGCUGCUAACCAGGUAAACUGAGAGUAGCCACUUAAAAGAAUUCUUACCAAAGGUCCUGAAAAAUACAUAGCUGAAACUUACACUCUGUCGUUUUGCUUGGGAAGAACCUCUGGAGAUCAGCUUGCUCAAAGAUGGGUUAACUUCAGCAUGACCUCAGGCUGUCCCCAUGCAGCUUCUAAGUGGUGUAGGGCUUAGGAGCAUUUUAGGUUUCAUCCAUGCUGCCUACAGUGAACGAGGUGCCCCARUUAGAAUUGAGCCCACUGCAAGUGAGAGCAUCAAGCAGCAUCUACUGAGUUGAUUACAAAUCACCCCARUGAAUUUAGGCUUUGCAAAGUGACAUGUAAAAAUGUGAAUCUUCCUUUUAUGWACUAAGGUGCAGAAAUCGUGGAGUUUUUUUUUUUAAAUUGUGAGAGUAUUUCAGAAUACAUUGAUGGAAGCACUUUCACAAUUAAAAAAAAUGGUACUUCACACUGCAUUGAACAAUAGUUGCUGUGAGAGUUGGGGUUGUUUAACCUGGAGCUGAGGAGGCUCUGGGGAGACCUAACACCUGGAAAGAUUAAAAGAGAGCUGGAGAGAGCAUGUAGUGAUAGGAUAAGGAGGAAUGGCUUUAAACUGAAAWGAGUGCAGGGUUAGGCAUCAGGCAGAAGUUCUUUACUGUGAGGGCAGUGAGGCACUGGCACAAGUUGCCCAGAGAAGCAGAUCCAUCCCUGGAAGUGUUCAAGGCCAGGUUGGAUGGAGCUUUAAGCAAUUUGGUCUAGCAGAUAGUGUCCCUGCCCAGCAGGARGGUUGAAGUGGACAAUCUUUAAAGGUCCCUUCCAACUCMAACCAUUCUGUGAGUCUUUUUUAUAAUACUGAACAGCUAAGCACUGUAUCUGUAUUAACACUGGUCCGUGCAGGAUAAAAGAAACUUGUCCAGAGAUGGAKCUUGGUGUUCUGUCAUUCUAAACUUCAGAGUUUCAACAUUAGCAUCUUGCAAGACCCUCUGCAGAAGAAUGAGAGAGAUUUGGAUUUCACACACUGAACYUGCAGUGCUAU